CUUCAUGGCCCUGUCAGCUUCUGAAAGCCUCCCUCCUCUUUAGCCCCUUCUACCCAGCAACAGCUAGGUCAGCUCUCCGACUUCUCUGAUUGGCUGACCCAGCCCUUUUUUUUUAAAUCUGUGUAGUCAGGAUAGGAAGCCCCGUUUCAGGGUUUCACCUGUCCACAUUCUGCCUCGGUUCAUCACUGUCCUGUGAUCACAGUCUUCAGCUGUAGAUCCCCAAUCUGAGCUCUGAGGAGAGAAUGUUCCAGACUAAAGCCGAGGUCCUGAGAGCCUCCUUCCUGGCUUUCCUGCUGAGUCUCCCAGGAUCUGGGGCCAUCAAAGCGGACCACGUAGCCAUUUAUGACAUCUUUGCACAGACGCAGAAGCCGUCGGGCGACUGCAUGUACGAGUUUGACGGCGAUGAGCAGUUCUAUGUGGAUCUUGACAGGGAGGAGACGGUCUGGGGCCUGCAGGAGUUCAGCACGGUCUACGCCUUUGACGCCCAGGAGGCUCUGCCCUACAUCGUCAGCCUGAAGAACAAUCUCAGAGCCUUGAUCCAGAGACACAACGUCACCCAGGUCCCCAGUGAGCCUCCUGAGGUGACUGUGUUCCCCAAGAACCCAGUGGAGCUGGGCCAGCCCAACGUCCUCAUCUGCCACAUCGACAGGUUCUUCCCCCCAGUGCUCAACGUCACAUGGCUUCGUAACGGGCAGCUGGUCACUGAAGGGACUUCUGAGACGGUCUUUCUGCCCAGCACAGAACUCAGAUUCCACAAGUUCCACUACCUGACCUUUGUUCCCACCGCCGAGGACGUGUACGACUGCAAGGUGGAGCACUGGGGCCUGGGCGAGCCGAGGCUUAGCCACUGGGAAGUGCAGGAGUCGGUCCAGGUGACGGAGACGAUGGAGACUGCGGUCUGCGCCCUGGGCCUGGUGGUGGGGCUGGUGGGCAUCACCAUUGGCAGCGUGCUCAUCGUAAGGGCUCUACUCCAGCCAUGACCCCCGGACCCAGGGACCCCUGGGAAUAACUGUGGAGGUGGGGAUGCUAGGGUGCAGUCAGAGGACAGAAGAGGGAGUCCACACCGGCUGUGCAGACAGGAGGGAACACGGAUGAAGUGGACACAGAUCUCUCCGGGGUUAGCGGGCAGAGCUAUGUGAGACAACCCGGAGAACCCAAGGCUGGGACACUACCCUGAGCAUCUGAUUUACAGCCCAAUGUUAUCUGUCCUCUACGUGGUACUAACGUCACUGGGGUUUGACGCUGGAGAGAUGCUUACAGCGUUGAUGUGCACAAGCAUUAAGCACCUUCACCAAGGCCACACAGACUGCCUGGAUCCCAAACAGCUUCACCACUGUCCUCUGCUCCCUCUUAGGAAGAAAGAGACCGAGUUCAACCACAGUCUAGUCUUGGAUCCAAUCUGUCCUGUGCAUGCGCACAUUUACGGGAUGCUGGGAUCGGGGCUGAUACACAGCUUCUCAUCUCUCCUUGAACCCACUGAUGGCAAAGCUCACAUAAAAAUUCCCUUAUGGCCUUGUAUUUAUCAAAACCCUUAUAUUUCACAUACUUAUGUUUUUAAAUUCUCCCACUGGAUGGUGAUCUCUCCAUGAUGAUGGCGCCUCUCACUCACCUUCACUGUUACUGUUAUCCACUGUAACCUUGUUAUUGUUAUUGUUACUGUAACCUCAGGGCCACUCCUCUGUCAGGGCACCCUCUUCUGACUCCUCUGUUUGCUACUCUGUCCCCUUACUCCCGGGACUAACCUCUUCCCCGACACCACAUGUAAAUGCACUCAUGCAUUUAGUGAGUUUCCAUUACAUACGGUUACUGUGUGCAAUGUGUGUAAGUAUUCACUGUCCCUCGGCUUUGGUGAGCUCAGAAGGUUCCCACUCCACGUCUGAUUUGAACCUCUAGUCCGUUGCUUUCAAUUGUUCAGUGUGGUUCUGCUCUGGCUGUCCGUCUCUACAUCCUCUGCGAUACCCGGGCUGUGCCCCAUUACCUUUCACAAUUCUCACAUGGACGUGCAUCUCUGGGAUGCAUGGACCCCAGGAAGCAGGUGCGGGGAGCUGGGCACGCAGCCCCUUCCCUUGACUGUGUGCUGCCCAUCCACCACCACAGCAGUAUUGAGCUCAGUUCCCAGUCUCCUGCAGCAUCCCCAGCCACGUCCACCCCAAUCCUGUCCAGUCUCCUGCAGCAUCCCCAGCCACGUCCACCCCGGCCCUGUCCAGUCUCCUGCAGCGUCCACAGCUGUGUCUCCAUCAUGUCUCCUUGCUCUUACGCUUUCACGUGUGGAAAGGAACACGCUGCUGCUGUUCAGGUUCUUUCAGUCACUUCUAGUUGUGACCAUCUUCGUUUGUGGCCUCUUUGGGCUCCAUUGUUCUUUUCUGGUCGUUUCUGGCUUGCAUCCUUUGCCCAUUUUUUGGGAUGAGUGCUUCUGUGGGAAGCUGAGGCCUGGGGUUUCCUCUGCCAUCUUGCUGCGGCAUCGCCCGGCAGGGCUUCAUUUCUCUCUUGAUGGUUCCCUGCAAGCCGAGAUAUUUUAUGUGCUGCUGACUCUGCCACAGAGGCGCUGGGAAAGACAGGUUUCUCACAGGACAACAUGUGUGGGGGGGGUGACAAAAACAAAAAUACACACACACACACAUACACACACACACACACACACACACACACACACACACACACACACCCUGCACAGAACUUCCUAUGGGCAUCGAGCCCUCUGGAUACUUUCUGAGUCUCUAUGUAGUCCCUCAGACUCAGGUUUUCUUUGGACUUUUAUAAUUUUCCAUGGAGUGUGAAGGGAGGAGGCUGGGACCUCUCCUAGCUUAUAGCUUUAUGACGAGAAGCCUGCCUCUGCAUCUCGAACACUAGAAUCAAAGCCAUGCACCUCCAAGCCCAGCUAGAAGCCCCUUCUUAAUGAUUUUUAUCUGUAGAGGUUAGCACAUACCUUGGUAUUUAGAAAUUCCCCCAUAAAUAUCUGUCGAUUCGCUGGAAAUGUUUACUCCAACACUUACUUGUUUAGUACCUCGCUUGUCCAAGGCUGGGAGCUGGCUACAGACUGUGGGAUGCUAAGAUGUCCUGUGGCACCAUCAUUAGAGCACAGCAUGACAAUUUUAUAGCUGUCGCCAUGGUAGAAAGUGAAUCGUUCAAAGCAUGAGCAAGGCCACAGUGGAGCCUCGUGGGACACAGGGCUGAGAAACAGGGCCAGGGGUUCAAAGAGAAGGGGGGGCAGGUCGGGUCCCAGACUCCACCCUGAGCCUGAGGUCGAUGGCGACUGUGUGCCUCCCUGCAGGUGAUGAUCUUUCUGAAAAGAACAUGGCCUCGGGAAGAUGCCCUGAACUUGUCUCUGCCUCAACUGCUACAUACAGCUAAUAUGUAGCCCUGGCUGUCCUGGAGCUCCCUAUGUCCCCUGGAUGGCUUUGAACUCACAGAGGGCUCUGCCCCUCCCAAUGACUUGCUGACCUUAAAGUCCUCAGCCCUUGGUAUGGCUGCCAGCGAAACAAAGGCAGCAGCAGGUGCUGCUGUAUUUCUCACCGGCCAGGACGCCCCUCCCCGGGCUCCCCAGCUCCGGCCAGGACGUCCCUCCCCGGGCUCCCCAGCUCCAGGUUCCUACAUGAACACUUCGCUGCCUCCGUCCAGAGAAUUCCUAAGAACAACUUUUCCCGUUUCUGAGCUGGGAGACUCAGUCUUGCUGGGUGGACCAGGUCACUUAUGACAAGUCUCUCUUGACGAUGUGGCUUCAAGUGACACCAUGGCAGCAGUUACCAAGGGUUUUGACCUCACUUUCGGGGAGGGUUUGAGCAUUCGGGUUGGCCCUGGAGAGGGGACAGCAAUACACUUGGAUGAAGGAGAUUCAUUUGGAUGCAGUUUGAGGGCUGCAGCGGUCUGACUCCCUAAGGGAAGAGAUUGGGCUCUUCCUCUAGUCUGCUUGUAAUAAAACAUCUUUUGGUAAACUUUCACUUCUUCUAAUAUAUGAGU